UUGAUAGCCAAUAUAAAGUACGAGUAAUAUUUAUGUUGAUGUACUCCAUGAAUAUUGUGAAUAAAAUUAUUUGUCUUUGAACUGGUCAAAAGAAUAUAAAAGGGAAAAAAUAAAAGUAAAAAAAAAUAAAUAUUAAUAUCCGGUAUAAUCAUGUCGCUAAUGUCGCCGUUAAUGAUAUUGACGACAGCAGAGUCUAGCUCUGGUGCCGUAGCUCUGCGUAGAUGCGCGAUAUUAACGGUACCAACGAAAAGCAGCGUGAUUAAUCGUUAAACGACGCGGAAGCGCUUUGUCUGGUAAUUGUUGUCACGUGACAGAAUAACAUUUAAAACGGCUAGCAGUGGGGCGGGCGUCUGCUUGCAGCUACAACGCCAAAAAAAAAAAAACAACUUCAAGUGAAAGCGCACUUAAUUACAUUGAAGAGGACUCACGUAAACGUCACUUUGCCAAAAAAAAGAAAAUGCCAACGUCUGAAGGAAAAACAAAGAUGAAAGUUUAAUACAAAAUACACAUACUAAACGUAAAAGCGUGCGUAAAAAGGAUUUUCAUUUAGCAUCAAAUAUACACAGAUAGAUGACACAAGUUGCUGCCCGCAACAACGCUACGCCGAAAUAAAUUCUACUUUCUGCACGCUUAAAGUAUGGUUUAUGGACGCAGCAUCGCUAUCGGUGGCUGCCUGCUGCUUUCGGUCAUUACACUCUCGGCAAUAAUAUUCUAUUUGAGUUUGGGACCCUGCCCGCAGGGAACCUUCGCCUGCGAUGGCAAUACGUUGUGCGUGCCACAGCGCCAAAUAUGCGACAAUCGCACAGAUUGUGAGGAUGGCAGCGAUGAACACCCGGUCGAGUGUGGCCUACUUUAUGGCAGUAAGGCGCUGACCGAUAAAAUUGUCGGCAAUGCGAUUGAACGUAGACGGCAACAACAACAACAACAAAGACAAAAACAGCGGCAGCAGCAGCAGCAGAGCGGGCAAUUUCUUGACGGAGCAGCAGGAGAAUUGAUGAAUGUGACAAGCGUGGGAGUGCCACCAGAGGAGGAAGAAUCCAUUGACACUGUUGGCGGUGGGCAGCGUACGCAAGUAAUUGCCAGCGCUGGCGGCAGCAGUAGUAGUGUGGGCAACAUGUAUGCCAGCGGUGGCAACGAUGAAGUUGCGAACUGUGAAAUUACAACAUAUCCUAAAGGUGUAUGCACUUGUCGACAGCGUACAAUAUUGUAUUGCGGCCGCAAAGCGAAAUUGACGCGUAUACCGCGCUUAAGUGCAGAAGUGACGUACUUGAUGAUCGGCCGCAGUAAUUUGACACUGCGUGAGAAUGCCUUUAUUGGACUGAAACGCUUGGUGAAGCUCUCACUGAAGCAUUGCAACAUAUCGCAUGUGCCGCUGGGCACAUUUAAUGGCCUACACCAGUUGGAGAAAUUGGAUGUGCGGCACAAUAAUAUCAGCGCGCUGCCAGUCGGCACAUUUCGUGGCAUGAACUUUUUGGUGUGGCUUUUCUUCAUCUCGAAUCAAUUGCGUCAGUUGCCGUUGGCACAAUUUGCGGACAUGCCACGCCUUGAAUGGCUGAUGCUGAGUGAUAAUUUACUCACACUUCGUAACGAGAGAUUUCCGCACAUGCCGCGUCUAUAUGAAAUCUAUUUGGAUUCAAAUCGCAUUGAAUACAUUGCAGAGGAUACCUUUGCUCAUUUGACUAAUUUGAAUUUGCUAGAUCUCAAUGAAAAUCGCAUCGCACACAUACAUCCGCGUGCCUUUUGGGGCUUAAAUGACAUCAGAGAUAUUUGUGUCACAGGUGGCGAGUUUAAUGAAGAACCCAGUCCUGUAUCGCCACGCGAUAGCAAUAAUGAGGUUUAA